UUUUUUUUUUUUUGUAUCCUGCAUGUCUCUGUGUACGUCUCUAUCUGGCUACAGAGGGGAUCCUCUCCUUUAGUUUCUGGGAUAGAGUUGUCAGUGAUGGCUGUGCAUGCAGCCCAAAGAUGCAUGUAUUUGCACAGACUGGUGACAGCUUGCAAAUCAAUUCAGACUCGCUGCAGGAACAGAGAUGUGCUUGAGAAACUCGUGAAAAUGUAUUGCAACAGAACUUUUUUCACCGCUUCUGUGCGAUCUAAUGACAAUGACGGACAGAGCAAAGACUCCACAAAACUAACUCCCAAACAGACUCAAAAACAAGAUCUCCUUUACAGGAGGAAGCGACCCCUGUCUCCUUUGGAGAGGAUAAGCAGUCUGCUGCCCCAGGAUGUUUUGAGCCCAGAGGUGAUGCAUCUGAGGGAGCAGGAACAGCAUGAAGAGGAUCCACAGAGGUGUGAUCCAGAGAGAGUCACUGAUGAAGGAGAUCUGGAGAUACACAGUGGCCAUGAGGUUGGAGAGGAGCCAAAAGCUGCAGCAUUUUGCCAUGCAGAGGGGAAUAUGUACCCCAACCUCCUAGGGGAGAGCUUGUUCACCUUUGGGGAGCUGCUUAUUGCUGAGUACAGAAAGAAGAGACGGGUGGAGUUCAGGAAGAUGUUCCAGCUUCAACCAGGGGCCCUCCUGCAGAGCAGCUGGGGAAUCGUCAAGCAUGAUGAUAUUGUUGGGCAACCGGCAGGCAAAUUCUUGAAGACAAACAGGGAUGUUCCCAUAUUUUUCCGUCGUGUCAGUCUGGAGGACUAUGUGCUGUAUAUGAAGAGGGGUCCUGCAAUCGCCUAUCCUAAGGAUGCAGCCAACAUGCUGAUGAUGAUGGAUGUCACAGAGGGAGAUUGUGUGCUAGAGUCAGGCUCUGGGUCUGGAGCAAUGUCCCUGUUUCUGUCCAAAGCAGUUGGUUCCAGAGGGAGCGUGCUGAGCAUAGAGGUGAGGGAGGAUCACCACAGAAGAUGUGUGAAGAACUACGAGCGCUGGAGGACAACCUGGGCUCUGCGACGAGGACAGAAGUGGCCCGACAACGUGGAGUUCCUGAACGCUGACCUCAGCACAGCCUCGUCACUCCUCGCUGGUCGAGGAUUUCACUCGGUUGCGCUCGACCUGAUACACCCUCACCUGGUUUUACCCACCGUGCUGCCACACUUGCAUCCUGGAGCUGUCUGCGCCAUCUACCUCGCAAAUAUAACGCAGGUUAUUGAUCUGCUGGAGGGUGUCCGGUGUUCUGCACUUCCUGUUUUGUGUGAACGCAUUAUUGAGGUUCCUGUCAGGGACUGGUUGGUGGCCCCUGCCCUACAGAAAGACGGACAAUACUGCACCAGGAAAGCCCCAAACCUCGGUGAAGAUACGAGCAGCGAAGAAGAAUCAUCAGAUGGGGCCGAUGGAGAAGCCCCUUUUGGGCCAGCAUUUGGUAAUGUUCCUUACAUAGCCAGACCCCAUCCAGAACAGAUGAGUCACACAGCAUUCCUGGUGAAGCUGAGGAAGUUUGUGCAGUAGCCAGUCACUGAAGACCCCUGGAUACAAACAUAAUUUAAGAGCUGAAUGUUACCUCACAGAGCCUGGAAAGUAAAAGAAACUGAUGGAAA